GACGUCUUGGUGCUGUAAUUUAUCUUUGAUAUAAGACAUAAUGCACGUAUUGUAAAAUUGUACAUAUAGAACGUUGAAGAGGACUGUAUUAACAACAUCGCCAGAGUCAUGGAAACAUACCCGCUAACGUAUCACGACGUCAUGGUGCUGUAAUCGUCGUGAUGGUGCUGUAAUUUAAUUUUGAUAUAAGACAUACUGCACGUAAAAAUUUGUACAUAUAUAACAUUGAAAACUGUAUUAACAACAUUAACAGCAUCACUAUGCAAGCAUACCCGGUAAAAUAUUCCGAAUUCACGUGCUUCAAGGAUAUUCUCAAUGAAGGGAAAUAUAUUGACCACUUGGACGAGAAAUCGAAGAAGAAAGCAAAAGAUGAAUUAUAUGAAGAUCCCAAGGAGAGAGAUGCAGCUUUGAAACAAUUUAGGGAUUGGAUAGUAGCCCAGCCUCACUAUUCAGUGUGUAACGAUGAUACGUUUCUGUUGGCGUUUUUGAGGAGAUGUAAAUACAGUCAGUUGGAGGCGAGGACAAUGUUUGAUAUUUUCCAUAGCGCCACGUACAAAAAGACCCCUGAAUGGAUGGUCGAUAUUGAUACCCAAUCAAAGACUAUACGUGCAUUGGCAGAUACGAGAUGCCUAUUGCCUCUCCCCAUAAGAGAUCACGAGGGAAGGCGCAUUAUCCUAUGGAAGCCAGGCGGUUUUAAUGCCAAUACAAAGAAGACACCUUAUAAUGGCGAAACACUGUUCCAACUAUGGGGAAUAUUUCUGUACCUUUUGCAACGAGAAGACAUGACACAGGUGAAUGGUUAUGUGUUUUGGCAUGAUGGGGCGGGAAUGACUAUACCACACAUAACAUACGUUGGUGCUGACAAAUUCAAGAAUGUAAUAAAAGUAUUUUACAAUAACUUCCCAGCAAGAAUCAAGAAGGUGGUUUAUUACAACUGCGGUGCCAUAAUGGAUGCUAUGAUGACCGUAAUCUCGCCUGUUCUCUCACAGAAAAUAAAGGACAGGUUUGUUGUGAGGUCAUCAAUGGAGGAGGUAUACAAGAAGGAUAUUCCAAUGGAAUGCCUGCCUCGAGAGUAUCUUCCAGAUGACUAUAAAGGAAAAUGCUAUGGGACAACGAACGAGAUGCAUGCAAAGUUCUGGGACCAAACUAGGGAACCAGCCAUUCAGAAGAAAAUCUGGGAUUUAAGCCACAACUAUUUCAAAGUGGAUGAGAAAAAGAGACCAGAUGCUGAUAUCCCUCAAGCUGCGUUUAGAAAGUUGAAUGUGGACUAGAAUCAUACUUUGAGUGAAAAAUUGUCCCAUAGGGAGGUCACUCACUCUAUCAUUUCAACAAAAAUGCAUACUAUUCAUUAGUCAAUUGGAUAAGCAAAUAUAAUCUACCCAUUUACGACAGCUCGUCAAAAUGUCGACCCCAUUUUCACCAAAUCCUUUUUGUCAUAUAUUUGGGGCAAAAUUAUUUACCUCUAAAAGAAAAAAGGAUUUAAUAAGUUUUAAAUGCUUAUGUUUUCCACUUGUGGUUCAUCAUUUUGCAUGGUAACAGAUUUUAGUUUUACUUAAAAAGAGAUAUCUUUGACGGAUAUCGCUAAUAGAUCAUAUCUAGUAUGCUAGCAGACAUCUUACUCUGUAUUGCAUCAUUUAUUUGAUGAUGAAAAAACAAGAAAUUGUGUAGUCAAUUCCAUGGUUAUAAACAAAAGCAUAGUUCUCAACGUGUACAUACUGUGCCAUGUAGAUUUGAAAUAUAUUUAGAGCCAACAAAAAAUUCUAAAAAGCAAGUCCAAUGUCCUGUUUAAGAACCCAUAUUCGUAAUUCUUAAAAUGGAUUCUAGCAAUACAACCA